UCGUUGUGGCUUGUUAAAUAAAUUAGUUUUGUGGUUUCAGUGAACGUGGCGAAAUUAAAUAGAUGAGAAAAUUAGAUGCACAGGAGGCCUGGGGCGCCGAUAGAUUAGAAGCACAGUUAGAAGCGGCCCGGGAUGGUCUUCGGGGACUUGAUCGAAGUAUUCGGAAAAUCCUCGGCCGGGAUCUUCCCGACGGAGAAAAUGGUCCAGUACAACCGCCACCCAGGCUAUCGCAAAAGAGGCCAUUGCAAGAAGAUAGAAGGCGUGUUGUAUCAGACUUUGUCAAUAAUGAAUUAUCUGGUGGAAAACGUCGAUGGCAGGGAUCAAAUGGAGAACCAAAGACAGUUUUCAGUCGUUUAAGUGCAAGAGUUCCUUCCAAUGCUGAUGAUAGUGCAGAUGAAGAUGAUACUGUUAUUAAGCCAGCUGUGUCUUCAAGGGUAAUAGCAACCCCGAGAGAAAUCCCAUCUAGGCAGGAAGUUAUCAGAAGAGAAAGAAUAGAUGAAAGAAGUAGACAAAGAAAUAAACGAAUGUUUGGUGCUCUGUUAGGCACCCUGCAGAAAUUUCGACAAGAAGAAACCAAACUUAAAGCAAAGGAAGAUAAAAAGGCAGAAGUGGAGGCAAGAGUGGAAGAGGCUCGAAGAAGGGAGAAGGAAGAAUUACGAAGGGAAAGGCAACAGUUGUUCUUGUCGCGUAAACGACAAUUAGCCGAAGUACGCGCAUUGGAAGUAAAAUUGGCGCGCAGUCGGCAGUUCCAGGAUUGGCGUGCUGCACAAUUACCACUCGCUUCGUUUAUAAAAACCCGUGCUCAGCCACCUAUUUAUUAUGCACCAAAGCGUAAACAUCCACAAACUGACAUUCUUCUGGCCGAAUCUGCAAAGGAACUUCAUGAGGAGAUUGAAAGAAGAGAGAAAGCAUUAGUCGAGGAGUUGGAGUUAAUCGAAGUACAAGUAGGUCUUGGAAAACACCAACAAAACUUUGAUGGAACGACAUCGCUGAAUGCGACAACGGAGGUCCAACAGUCUGCGGAAGAGGGUGAGGAGAAUCGUGAUCCGAAUCCAGAGAAGAAUUCGGAGUCAGAAAAUAAUGAAACGGCGGAUGUCUCAGUGAAAUCUGAGAAGGAUGAAAACUACGAUAAUAAUUCGAAUGAGGUUGAAAAGAAGGAGGAAGUACAAGUAGAUGAAGCAAAAGAUGAAAAUAAUGGCUAGUAUUAAAUGUACUUACGAUGCUUGUACAUAUUACGUACAUUGGGUGGUCCAACGAAGGAAAAGAUGGAGUUUUUCUUACUCGAUACUUGACGCGUGUGGAUAAAUUUUACAAUUUUUCGAAAGAAUUGUCACUUUCUACUUGUUCUCAUACAGAUAAAUUCAUUCCCUUCAUCAAAUUGCAUACUCAUUUUUUCAUCUUGCGUCGGCCGACGAGUCUCGUUCAAAUUUUUCGUAGGUAUAAGAGAAUAGUAACCGUUUAUCGAAAUCCCAUAUUUUUUAAAUGGUACACAUUUGUAUUAUGGCUACUUGUAGCGUAUCACUUAAGUAACACCCACAUCCUGAGUAGAACGAAGUAACGCGGUGGAAGAAUAAGUAUGUCGAUAAAGUACCAUAAAA